AUGGCUUCCCCUCUGAGGACGAAGGAGCGAGGAGUGGAGACCCCAGAGUCCUCCUUGGAGGUGGCCGGGGUCCGAGUCACGCCUCCCCAGCUCCGCUUCGUGGACGCCGAGCCCGGGGGCUGCUACCGGGCCCAGCUGAGCGUCCAGAACCUGCAGACCCGCAGCUGCUGGCUCCACCUUUCGCCCCCGCAGCGGCCUCAGUUCAAAUUGAUUGUGGAAAAUCCAAAGAAACCUGUCGCUUCUGGUCUUCACAUAACAGCCAUGGUGGAAUAUCAUCCCGACAGUGAGGAAGACCUUCAGGAUAGGCUACUUCUUCAUGUAGGAAAAAAGAUAAUUGAGAUUCCUAUAACAGGACUAAUCCCAUGCUGCUGCCUAGAAGUUGAACCGGAGAUAAAUUUUGGCACAGUGAUUGCUAACAGUAAAGUAAUUAAUACAGAGUUUAAAAUUACUAACUGUGGAUCAUCUCCAGGUACAUUUGCCAUAAAUUAUAAAGGAAGCAUUCCCAUUACUAUAGAACCAACCAAUGGAGUGGUGAAACCUCAAGCAGUACAAGUGGUUAAAAUGGAGAUUUGUACAGAUAUACCCAGAAUAAUUAACCAACCAGCCAUUGUGGAAUUGCAGGGGCAACCCAGUGUUGAAGUAAUGAUUAAAGCUAACAUAGUGGAGCAAAUUCUUGAGCUUUUGGGUGUACCUCAUUCAGACACAAUACAUUGUGUGGAUUUUGGAUAUGUCUAUUUUGGAACCUCCAAGACUGAAGAAGUUAUUCUUCACAAUAAAAGCCCAGAGCCCAUGGACUGGGUGGCCAUUCUUCAGGAUAAUGCUGUUGGCACAGAGAUGGGUACAGAUAUUCAGAAAAGUACAGAUGCUGUUUUGAAAGACUUGCAUCGCACUGAUGGAAAAUCCGGAGUUGAUAUUUCCACUUUGAUUGCCUGUUUUCCUAAUGAAGGAACACUACAACCUUAUCAAAAAAUUGUCGUAACUCUUUGUUUUAGUCCAAAGCAGCUGAAAAGGGAGCAGGAUAUUGAGAGAGUGCCACCAAGACAGGAUUAUGCUAUCUUUCUGAGGUUUGAAAUGGUGGGAAGUAAAGAUGACUUCUUAAAAGCAGUGUCUAGUGAAGAUAUACCCACUAAAGCCAAUAAUCCUCAUCAAAUUGAAUUGGGUUUGAGAGGCUCAGGACUUCCAGUGAUGCUGACGUUCAUCCCAGGACCUGUUGUUAAUUUUAUGGAGUGUUACAUGGGUGAACAUACAGAUAUUGUUUGUUCACUCAAAAAUGAAUGUGGUGCUCUUCCAGUGUCAUAUAUUUUCCGUAAGAUUGCACAUUUUAAUAUUUGUCCUGAAAAGGGAAAAAUAAAACCAAAAUCUACCCAGGAUGUGAUAUUUUCAUUUGUCCCACAUCACGUAGGACCCUUUUCAGUAAAGCAGGUGGUAGAUAUCAUUGGUCCAGUGGUAAUGAAAGACAACUUGUUCACUCUGAAAAUGCAGCCUUUUCAUCAGAUACAAUUAUCCUUUUUUGGUCAUUGCAAGUCUAUAGCUAAUAAAGUUGUACUCAAAACCAACCCUGGUUUAAAGCCAUUGAUUUCCAAUGCAACAGGAGUGUUUAUAGCUAACAAGGUGGAUCAACACAGUGAUAUCACACCAGUAGCACUACUUAAAUCGAAUCGGACCCAAAUUCAUGCUCACCAAAUCAGUAGAAACAUGAGCAACACAAUAAUUGCUCUCCCUAAUGAUCGUGCAGCCAGCAUAAGACCUGCUGAGUUACAUAAGGAUUACAGGACUAUUUUCACAAAGGUCCCCAGAUACAAUUAUGUGGAUCCAGAAUUUUCUUACACAGUAUAUGAAGAACUGGAAAAUCAAGCAAAUAAGGAUUACUAUGCACAUUAUAUCAAAAGUUUAAGACAGCGUCGUUUCCAUAAAAAAGCUGCUCGGAUCUUUAAAAUACUUAAUAAUCCUGUGGACAUAGGGUUAAAUCCAGCAUCUGGAUUAAAGUCUCCAAAGGUAAAAGAUUUACCACAAGAGAAAUUGGAUGAAAAUAUGACUUGUGUAAGUGGAAGUAACUUGUUGACCAGUCAACAGCUACUGGAAACUAAAGCUAAAUCAGUAGAAAAAGAGGUUAGUGAAGGGCUAAAUCCAGUACCCUCUUCUCAACAAGAGAUUGAAGACUGUAGUUUAAUUCUGACAUCAAAGCAGCUUCAUCAGAUAUUUAUUGGGCCCUCCACCAUUGAUUUUGGAGAGGUUUGUGUCCAUUCUUCUUCUACCAGGAAACUGCAUAUCAUAAAUAAUCUGUCUGUGCACGUCUGGAUACAAGUAAAAAUUAAAAGUGAAGAAUUGCAGCAGACCAGCCCUUUGUCUCAUGUUGUGCCACCUUAUACGAAGACUCAUAUUCCAGUUGUGUUUGAGAAUGACGAACUAGGAAACUUUCAAAAAUCUUUCACAUAUACAAUAAAUCAGCAUCAUACUGGACAUGUAUUAGUGGUAGCAAAAAUAGUACCGAUUGCCUUGGAGCUAUCUACAAGAGAAGUGACUUUACACCCUGCCUUCAGCUUCUUAGAAGAAAGUGGGUUCAGAACAACAAUCACACUAUACAACUAUAAAAACCACCCUGCAGAAUUUACCUGGAAGCCUAUGAUCACAGAAGAAGGAACAGCAUUUUCCAUAUGCCCAGAGAAAGGAACUGUAGAAGCAUGUAAAGACCUAGAAUGUGAAGUAGUCUGGCAUCCAAGUUUUUCUUCUCCAACAACAGGAGAAUUCAGCUUGUGUGUCCAUCAAGGAAAAACACUUAAACUAAAAUGCUUUGCAAAGCUUGGCUGCACUAGCGUUCAGUUUAAAGAACAGAGGAUCACCUUUAACCAUGCUCCUCUAUACUUAACAACUUGCAGGACUGCCAUUCUUCAAAAUUUGGGAUAUAACCAUGCAUACUUUCAGGUUCUUGAUGCCAGCCCUAUUCCUGGAAUGGUUAUCUUUCCUGUUCAGGGUGUAGUACCUGUAGGAGGCCUCACUGAAAUCAAGAUACAUUUCAGACCCAAUGCCAUAAUGAAAUUUGAUACCAGAGUAGAGGUGGCAGUGCGGCACACAAAAACUUUGGAACUCAGGAUUGGUGGAUCUGUAGAGGUUCCUGACAUAGAUGUCAGUGUGCAAUCCUUCAAUUUUCCUGGUGUUUAUGUUGGCUCUACCCAAGGAAUUCCAUUUCAUAUUUUGAAUAAAGGAAAGGCACGUGUCAUGGUGAAGAUGGAUUUAGCCAAUCAUGAUGCCUUUAAACUCGAUUUUACUCCUCAACCAGAUGAAUACAGUACAACAGAAUCUCCUUGUUUAUAUUCUACAAUCAUAGAUGCAAAUUCAGCUUUGGAAUGUUCACUGAAUUUCACACCAAAAGAGGUGGCAGCAUAUGACUUUAGUCUCCCAAUAAGUGUUAAUGUUGGUGAGGCUCCAUCUUCAUCAUACACCAAGACAAGCCUUGGUAGCUCAGCAAAACAUAUCAUUGUCCCAAGGCCUCAGUCACUGAAUAUACCUACGCGGAUAUGUAAAAUUCAGGCAACUGUAUUACAGCCACCACUGGAAGUUUCUCCUUUAGAGCUCGUAUUUCAAUUUAGUAUGAGAACUAUCAACUUGGGUGUUAUAAGUGAUAGCAGUAACAUAAAGAAGCUGCAACUCAAAAAUAUCUCAAGGAAAGAGAUUAAUUGGAGAUUUGAUCUUGAUGCUGCAGGCAGAGCAGUGGAUGAUGGUAUCUUCAAAUUUAGUUUACAUUCUGGGUUCCUCUGUCCAGGUCAUUAUACAGUUGUUACUAUUUCUUUCUGUCCAUGUUGUCCUGGAGAAUACACAGCUGAAGUCCCAGUGUUCUUGAAUGAUGAGAUGUCUGUGUACAGAACUGUCAGUCUAUCUGGUGCUCUAAGGUCACCCAAGAUCAGCUUUGACCCUCAACUACUGAUAUUGACUCCAGUUCCUCUCAGUGUGAAAACAGGGGCAAAUGUCUCCAUAAUUCCCCAAAAUUAUUUAAGGCCAUCAGUUUUAAAAGCUGAAAUUCCAGAGAGGGAUCCUGGAAGAGAUGGUGAUGAUAUUGAUGACGAUGAUGAAAAAGAAAAAAAAGAGAUUAAUCCCCUAACAGUGGACUUUCCAAAUGGCAAUGAAAUUAAAAUUACAGAAGAAGGAGAGAAUAUUGGAUUUACUUGUACAGUCAAUUUCAGUUCUUCAAAACCACUGUCCUUUUUGAAGAAUUUGUUCUUUGUUGAUGAAGAAAAGAACAGAUUCCCACUGCAGGUAUCUGCAACAGCAGAGAAUUGCCUCCUUACUGUGUAUCCAUACCUGGCAUACCAUCUUAAUGACCAACAUAUUAUCCUGAAAAGUGAUUCUACUGAAAUAAUUUAUAGCACUGGAGAAGCAUUGCAACAUCCAUGCUGUAUUCCAGGAGCAUAUUCACAAACUUCUUCCAGUACUUUCGAUGCAAUUACCAACUCUGCCUAUGAAAAUUCUGUUGCAGAAUUGGAAAGGACGCUUGAAAAGGAAAUAUUAAAAAUGAAAGAUUCUGUUGGCCACAGUAGACGGAUUGGGAGCACACCUGAACAAUCACUGAUUCCUGCAGAAGGCACAGAGGAAUAUGCCUUUUUCCAGAAAGUGAUUACAGCAGUCCAGAGCUGGUUUACUCUCUUCGGUUGGUCUAAAGGACCAAACCCCAUUUCCAUUCCACGAUCUCUAAGACGUGAUGUCUGUAAAAUUCAAAUGACUUCAUCAGAUGAAAAGCUUAAACUAAAUCUUGGUAAGGAUAUCAAGACCAUUUAUGACAUGCUGCUUCACUUGAGUGGGCAGUUACUGCCUGGAAUUAGUUCAAGUCAAUCCUUGCCAUUUGAUCCCAUUCAGCGAGUGGUGCAGCUUCAUUGGCAACAUGCUACAAUGAUUACUUUUCUCAAAGGGCAAGGUGCAUCCCUUUCUCACAUUUUGCCAGAGUUUCUUCUUGACUUUGAAGAUUAUAAGAAAUGGACACAGUUACAGAUUAUGGUGAAGCUUGAUCUGAAGGUUCAGAAAUAUGAUCCCGAUGACAAUUAUAUGUAUAUUUUGGAUGACUAUCUAUUUGAGGCCAUGAGCAAGCGGGCAUGGACAGAUGUGCUACUUCAGAUAUAUAAGAUUUUAGUUCUCCAACGUGUCUCUUCUCUUGAGAACAACAGCCACAGAAAUUCAGAAGACAUAGAAAAUGUUCCCAAAAUUACUUCGGAUCCUUUGUCUAGUAAUAUAUAUUCUUCAUCUGAAAGAAUUCUACUUGCUUGGAUGAACAGACAUUUUGAGAAGAUGCGAAAAGUUGUGUGGAAAGAGUGCAAAAAAGGUGAUAUACCACCCACAAGAUGGAUAGUAAACUUCGAUAGAGACCUGCUUGAUGGACUUGUCCUUGCUGCACAAGUAGCAAGCUAUUGCCCUUAUUUGAUUUCAACUCACUUUGUGAAUAUGUACACGAAUCCCCAAACGUCAGAACAAUAUUUUCACAACUGCUUGAUCCUUGUAAAUGCCUUUCAUGCAAUCAACCUUGACAUAGAUAUACUGGCUACUGACGUCUGUGAACCAAAUCCAGUAUUGAUGCUUAUGCUUUGUGUCUAUUUGUAUGAGCGGCUUCCUCAGUAUUUACCAAAGAAGUCUGUUGAGUUUCCCGGUCCACUGCAUGCUACUGUACUUAGAAAGAUACAAAUAAAAAACCCUAGUAUCAAGCCAUUGGUAUACAAUGCUUCAAUUUUAGGAAGAGAAUCAGCAAAUUUUACAUUACCUAAAGGAAAUACUGUCACAAUUCCCCCAAAGAGCCAAAUACGUGUAAAUGUGGAAUUUACUAGCCGUUUUCUAUAUCCUGCUGAAGCUAUAUUGUUGCUUGUUUCCAAGCCUUUAAUUGGUGUGGGUGGGGCCACAAUGACCUUUUCCCUGAAGACUAAGAUUACCAAUGUUAAACCUGUGGGUACAUUAAAAUGCAAAUCUCCAUGUUAUGAGCUGAAGAAACUUAGUCUGCAAGUUACUAGCCCUUUCAAAACUGAUGGGCCAUUCAGGGUCAUUUUAGUUGAAUCAACAAGCUGCAUCACUGAGCCUGAGACGUUAGAUCAAAUUAGCCGAAUAAAGCAAGGAAAAAUAAAAAGUACUGAGUCUGAUAUUUUGAACAAUACUGAUGAAGUGGUAGGUUUACAUGGAUUUCACAGUCAAGGGGACAACUCAGAUACUGGGAAUGGAUCUAACUGCUUACAAGAGUUCUUCAGCCCAACAGAUAUAAUAUUCCUGGACAGAGAGAGUUAUACAACCUUUGACCUUCACUAUCUUCCUUUUAAUAUGGGAAAACGUUACUGUGCCAUAAUUUUGGUCAAUCAGCAGAUUGGUGAAUUUGUAUACCUGGUGGAAGGAACAUGUGGCUUACCAGUGCCUUCAUACUUUCUUCCGAUGGAUAGCCCAAAUGUUUUGUGCAUUAGCAGUAUGUUAGAAGGUAGAGUGGAAAAAUGGAGGGGCCAAAGUGAAGAGGAGUCAGUCCUUUAUUUGAAAUGUUGCCUUACUGAUGUCCUUCAGGAAACUCUCAAGAUCCCCCUAAUCAAUGAAGCCAGGGAGAAGGCUCUGGCUAUUGCAGCACAACAACAGAUGUCUACUUUAGAGUAUGAGCGAAGAAAAGUCACAGGGACACUUGAGAGCAGCAGUGUUCGAGUUGCAAUUGCAGCUUUAGGACUCUCAAGGGUUGAGAAAGAUGCUCUCUCCAACUGUUCUAACUUCUCUGAAAAACAUAUUGAGUACACUGUUGAAGUAAGCAUGCCUGAGUGUUAUGAAUUCCCUGAAAAAAUAAAUAUACCUGUGUUGGCAUCAAGCAGAGUUAAUUAUACACAGCCAGGAAUUAAAGUUCAGCAGUCUACAGAAAAAACAGAAGAUGAUGCUGUUGAAGUUCCUAUGAUGUUUAAACCACAGUAUCCUGGCCGAUAUCCUUGCCAUAUUCUUCUGCAGUCCAGAUAUGACAUCCGGCUCUUUACAGUAGAGUGUGUGGUGAAUACAGAUACUGCUGAAGCUGAGCUAGAAUUUGUAACUCCAGCAUAUCAUGCAGUGACUCAAGACAUUCCAGUAACUAACAUGAGUCAACAAUAUUGGAAACUUGAAGCUAUUAUAAAGGGAUGCAGUUUUUAUGGGCCCUCUCUUAUAUAUGUAGCCCCAGGUGAAACAACUCCUUACACUCUCAUGUAUAAGCCAACUGCAGAAGGUGAAACCAAGGGGAAGCUUAUUUUACAAAAUAAAGCAGAUGGCACGGAUCAUGUUUUUCUACUGAAAGGGAUUGCAACAAAACCAUUGGCUUUGGAUCAUAUAAAGAUAGAAUGCCAAGUUAGACAGAUUACAGAGAAGGUCAUAAUGGUGCCCAAUUUUACCAAGAAUGAAUUGAAAUACAAGGUGUCUUCCGAUCUUCUGAUAGUUGGUGGUAACCCAACUCUCACUGUGGAACCAGGUGAUACAGCUGCUUAUACUCUGAAUAUAUCACCUUGGAAACGUGGAGAAUUGAAAGGUGUAAUUGUAUUUGUUGCUGAAGAGAGAGAACAACAGCCACAUCGACAAAAGAACUUACCGCAGAAGACAGAUGGUGUACAUGCCUCUCAGAAAUUACCAACACAGGAACUGCAAACAGGCAAUGCAGCAAACACUGAGAACUACACAGGGAGCAUAUCCUUGUUAGUUCUGCUGGACCUCUCAGUGGCUACCAUCAACUUCUAUUAUUGUUCUGAGCCGCCAUUGUGGGAUGGGACUCAAAGGGGCAAAGUUCAACAUGCUGCAAAGUGUGGUUUUCGCUGGAGAUACAUAGUACACCAGCACCACCAGAAAAAAACUCUGAGUGUGGAAUGUACUGUUCUGGAUACUAUUGUCAUCGGUAUUCCUAUAACUAAUCCCACAGUUGAUGUUCUGCCACUAGAUGUAAUACUCAUAGAUGCUGCUGUACUUAGUGGAGAGAAAAAGCUUGUUCUUCAACCAAAAGAAACAUUUCACUAUGAAGUAAAGUAUUCUCCAGCUGUUACUGGCAGCUCAAAUGGAAGUGUCAUAUUCCUGUCAGAGACAUUUGGAGAAUUUUGGUAUGCACUGAAAUUGAAAGCACAGAAGCCUCAGCCAACAACAAUGCCUGAAGUAGAAUGUGAACUUGGAAAAUGGGUUCGCCAGUAUAUUCCUCUGGUUAAUCCUACACAUGAAAUUCUGGAAGUGAAACCUUUGAACAGCAAUCCAGGCCAUUUUUCAAUGGAAAUAGAUGGUAAAACCUCUCUUAUUGUACCUCCUCAUUCCACUGCUGAAGUACCAGUUCAGUUUUGCCCUUCUUCUUUAGGAAGAACCAAUCAUACUGCAAGAAUUACUUUCAUAUGCUCACAGCUCAAGGAAUGGGUAUUUUUCUUGUCUGGUAUUGGUCUGAUUCCUCAACCAAUGGAACCAGCUUGUGUAAGUUCUUGCCUCGGUCAUCAUUCUUCUGUCAUCAUAAACUUCAAGAAUCCCACACAUGAAGAUCUAUUCGUAGAUGUCAUUUUAACAGAUCAGGAGCAUGUCGUGCAUCAUUCCAGUGCAUCUGUAUCCCAUCAUUCCAGUAAAGACUCUGUUUUCUGGCUUCCACUCAAGGAAAAACAAGGUAUCUUUUUGCCUCCAAAAAGCAAGCUUGAUAUCCCAGUGCUAUUUGCACCUUAUUCCAUGAAAUUGUAUGAAACUGUGCUUGUUGUUAAAGUUGUGAAAGCAGAUCAUGGAACCUGGUCUUAUGAUGAUGCCAUUGAAUCAAGCAAAAUAUUGACCAGCAACACUGUAAUAACUAAGGAUGAAAAAAUCUUGGGAUUCAACUGGAUCUACCCAAUUCAUGGAAUCCCUGAAGCACCACCCUAUAAAUCUGCACCAGUGGUUGUAUGCUGCCAAGCCCGCAGUAGAUUAGAAGAAAGGGUGGAAGUGCUAUUGACUGGUGUGGUUCCUGGCGCAUCUGGUUCAAACAUCACCCAAGACUCUUUAACUGUAGCUCCUUCUAAGAGCAAUACCAUUUAUGAUGGAGUUCAAGUGACUGAAGGAUUCUCUACAACAGAUGAAUUUUUGUAUGACAUUGAGUUUGAAUCUGAAACAGUGAAAUCUCAGCUCAAAUCUGCAGUUGCUAUAAACUUAAUGAAGAAAGAACGGGAUUUCAAAACUGGAAUUGUGACCUUGAUCUUCAAUGUAGUAUUUGCACCAUGCAAACCAAUAAGGAAUCCAGCAACAUUAGUGGUACAGCGCAGUGCAGGAGGCAUCUGGAAAUUUCCAAUACUGUUCAUUGCUACUGAACCAGAAGUAGAUGAUGUCAUCAAUAUUGAGGCAAUUGGUUUAAACAAGGAAUCUGGAAUUAGAUUUAGACUUACAAGCCAAACAAGGUAUCCAGAUCCUUAUACAGCAUACUUUCUGCCAGGUAGUGAUCCAGAUUUUGUUGUAUGGCCUCAAGCUGGGGAACUGCUUCCACUUGACACAGCAGGCACCUGCAUAACGGUUGGGUUCAAACCCAGUAUGUACAGCAAGAAACAUAAAGCAAUAUUAGUAAUACAGACAGCAGCAAUGCAAUGGAUGUAUGAAAUCAAUGGCCUGCCUCCCCAGACUGUGCCACCAAUUUCAUCAGCAAAGGUUGAUUGUCACCUUCCAUUUAUGAGAUCAACGACAGUGCAGCAACGCAACUAUGUACGUGAAAAUAUGAAGCUGUUAUCCACUGGUGUGUCAUCCACCAUUAAAGGAGCUCCACUCAUGCUUAGAGGAAAAUAAAAGUACAAUACCUUUAUUUUAUACAAAAGUAUAUUUUGUCUUGUCAGUAGAUAGGCUACACUAUAAAACAAUAAAUCCCAGAGCAAUUA